AUGAAUACACACCCAAGACUACACCCACAUCCACCUCCCAUGGUGGCUAGUGGCGGUGGAAGAAGGAAGAAACGACAACAGCGAGAUAGCGAACACAAUAGCCCCUUCGGGGUGGCGACGAUGACCGGAGCAAACAAGAGUGAUCCAGCAGCGGCAGAUGGAGCUGGGGGCCUAGCAAUCCUUGAUUUCACCGGCAGCAACCAGCAUCACUCGAAUGGUCGUUCCUGUUCCAUCAACGGUGACAAGCACACGACGAUAACUAGUCCGACUCCCUUCACUUGUUGCGACGUCCCUGCAAUCCGGCAGUCUUCAGCUUGUUGUCAACGUGAGUCACCGGUGGUCAUUCGGAGUUUUGGAGCUUUGACUGAUCAGGAAGGCAAGAGGGGAGUCGGGUGGUGA